AUGACCGAAACAGAUGUCGCCAUCGAGCCUUUCCUGGGGGACGACGCGGAACAAGAAUACACCCGGGCAUUCGAGUACAACGACCGCGCCGUCACCUACCUGGCUCAGUUGGACUACUCAAUCCGAACUCUACAACAACGAACCCCGACCGAAACAACAAACUCUGGAAACAGUGCAAGAAUUGGAGAACCGACGAGUACCUUAAAGGUAAAGCUUCCCAAACUUGAGCUUCUCAAGUUUAACGGCCAACAGCGACACUGGCAACCAUUUUGGGAGCAAAUUCAGCAAGCGGUUCAUCACAACGAGGCACUAACAGCUUGCGACAAGUUCACUUACUUGAGAACUUCGCUAACGGGAGAAGCCGCUGCAGCCAUUGUCGGACUCCCAUCAACGUCCAUUUGCUACAAGGAUGCAGUAGACAUCCUUAUUAGCCGAUUCGGCAACGAGAAACGGCUCAUACAAGAUCAUAUGGAAAAGCUACUUGACUUUAACCUGGUACCUUCUGCACAAGACGUACGUGGACUUCGAGGUCUUUACGAUAAUGUGCAGGCCUUAAGUCGUGGACUCAAGUCUCUCGGGGAAGGAAACGCCCAAGAACAAAAUGAGGAAGGAGCGCGAGCGCGAGUUCCUAGAGAACAGCCAGCAGCGCUAACAUCUUUACUCCAAGCCUUGAAGAACAAUUUUAAACCAUCAUCGUCUGCACUACUUCAACAAACGGAUCUCAGAACACCGUGCUUCAUUUGCAAAUCCAAAGAACACAAGACGGAAGAGUGCACUUCGACAGUUUCACUGGAACGAAAGAAGACGAUGCUACAGAAACACGGCAGGUGUUUCCGCUGCACCCUUGUGAACCACAUGUCUAAGAACUGCCGAAGACGAAUCACAUGUAGGCACUGUCGAGGCCGACACGCUUCCACGAUGCGCGACCCUAAAUUUAAGAACGGCGGAAAAAAGAAUGUCGCUGGCACAGCUCCGUUACAGCUAAAAUUAACGACUGAGACUUCGGACCAAAGGAUAGUGCUGUUACAAACGGCCGAAGCGUGGGCUUCUGGAACCAAAAACAAAGCGAUGGCUAGAGUAUUGUUUGACGGCGGUAGCCAGAGAUCCUUUAUAACCGAAGACUUAUCUCGGAGACUGGGCUGCAAAGUUGUGGGAAGCGAACGACUUGCAGUAGGGUAUUUCGGUGGACAUAACCAAGAGAAGAACUUUCGAAUGGUCUUCAUUACUCUGCAAAGCAAACAGAAUGUACAUACUUACCACCUUGAGGCUCUUGAAACCAGCAUAAUUUCCGAUCAACGACUGCCACAACCUGAUAACAACGUCGUGCAGGAGCUACGUCAGCUGAAUUAUGCGAUCGCGGUUAUCGCUAACGACGACAAUUCCAACCCUAUCGGCAUUUUAAUCGGCGCUGAACAUUAUUGGGAUUUUGUAACUGGACAAGUCACGAAACUCAAUGGCAAUAUCAAGGCCAUCGAGACGUCGUUCGGAUGGACUGUGCACGGUCCCAUGAGCCUAAGCUCCACAGUGUUACAACACUCCCAAACGGUCGCACUCAGGACGUCAGCAAUAACGAGGAACACCGAAAACAUUCUACGAAAAUUCUGGGAUCUGGAGGCUAUAGGUGUCAAGCAAGACGAAAGCGAUAGUACGAACAACUCCGUACUAACGUCCUUCAAAGAAACGAUAACGAGCAACGGAGAACGUUACGAGAGAUCUCAUUAUGGUGACAAAUGUGUUCUUGGUGUUGAGACUGCCUUUGACGCUCAAGUUUACUUCUUACUGAACUAG